AUAAUGUUUAGCUUCAUUCCCCCAGGUGCGGGAAUGUAAUUAUGGGUAGGCGGUGCUCAACCCGUUUGCUCUUCCAUUCUAAGCUUAUAUCAAAUGAAAUUUCAUCUCAAUCAACUUGAUCCCUCAUUCGCACCAGGAGAUGAAGAUACCUUGGACACAAAGUUAUGGAUAAAGUUACCAGAGAACGGAGUGUUGUUUAAGCCAGGUUUGAUGUUCACGCGCACGGCCAACGCGAUGAUCAAAAACUCCCAUAGCACUGAUUUCGGCCACUUCUGUGUCUGUUUCAUCAAUAUUGAUGUACGAAUUUUAAUCUCAAUGCAUCUGAGAGCGACCUGGUUCGCCGACCUCAAAAAAUCGGUCACUAUCUUUCAGUUCUUUCAAGAGAAGGACUUGUUUUGGAUACAGGUCAGCUGCAACGACCACCACUGUGUGGACCGAAAUGUCACAGUGGACCAAGAGACCCUGACUUGAAUGCCCUUACUCUCUGC